CACGUUCAGACUUCAUUUUAAUCGACAAAGGCUGCAAAUCGAGAAGGCUGCCUGUUUUUUAUUUUAUACUGACAUGUAGCUGACUAGUCCCUAAUAUCAGAAAACCCUCACAAUGGCCUCAGGCAUGCAUUGGCGAUCUCAAAGCCGUGGAGGCUGAGCUGAGGCAGACCGGCGACUUCUGUAACAUGGCUAUUUAAAAGGUUGCCUUGCCAGAGCCUCUCCAUGUUUAAGAAGAAGAUGCUUCGCUCUUUUUGUCGCUUUGGAAGUUCAUAUUUCUAACCUUCAAAUCCAUCCCAGUCAAUUAUCCGUAUCGUCUGUCUUGCUUCUGUACUCGUCGCAUUAUUAUUUCAUUUGUCACUGGCAUAUUCCAAUCAUGGACCCAGGAACAGCGUUAAGUGUAGUAUCCUUGACCUUCCAGGUCUUUUCAGGAUGUGUCCAAGGCUACCAGCUCCUAGCCGAUGCCAAGCAUAUGCCAUCGGAUUGUCAGUACCUACGAGUCCGCCUAAAAACCGAACAGUAUCGUCUUCUCGAUUGGGCACACAUUGUGCAGCUCGAUGAACAAGAUGAGAACAUUCUCAUUAGCAACUCUAGCAAAGGACUUCUUUUGGAUGUCCUGGAUCAGAAACGACGCCUCCUUCAUCAGUUCGGGCGGUUAGAUGAUAAAUACAAAAAGCUAUCAAAGCCGCUUCUUGUAGAUUCCCAGGAAGCCAACAAUGGCGUCUUCCCGGACCCUCCCGCAUACUCUCCCAAGGAGAUGAGCCCGACGAUUGAGCGGGUCAAUUCCGAAUUUGACAAACGUUUCCCUCAGUCUGAGAUCCUGCUUCAAAAGUCUCUGUUCCUAGCCAGCAGAUCUCGCGAGUACCCUCGCCGGCUUAAAUGGGCUCUCUUCGACAAGGCGAAGAUGGAAUCUCUGAUCCACAAAGUCACGACCUUGAAUGACUACAUGCGCGAGCUGUUGAAUUCCACACAACUCCAAAGACUUGCUAUUAAGCAGGAACGCACAGAAUUCCAGAUCAUGCAAUUAAACAGCAGUGUUCAGAACUUGGUGCAGAUUUUCGAAUCCACUGCCAUCACGAUGAAGAGUGAGAGGAGGAGGGCGCGCUUUCCGACGAACCCGGUGAAGGCCUAUAUGCAAAUCCGGGGGUUGGAGGAAAUCGAGGAAGAGGGCGAUGGAAUAAAACCCGCGCUGCAGAACCUCGCUGCUUUAGCACAAAUCAAAGCCCUCAACUCUGCCAUCGAAGAUCCCAGCCUCUUCACCGACGAAUUCGCAGUUUCCCUCGCACUCCCACACACAGCAUCCGAAAUCCGGUCCGUAGAGCUGUCCCGUGCAGACAUUAGAAUCGAAGGCGAGGAGCCCGAAGACGGCGGCGAGAGUCAACGCGUCGAAGCCAUCUACCAGCCCCCCCACUCCCGCAAAACCUCUGUCUGGAUAGAAUGGAAGACGUACGAACCACCCACCUUCCAAUCCACAGGCCCGGACCCCAAAAUCCACGAACGUGUCGAGGCCCUCGCCGCGCUGCUCAAAGAAAACAACCGCACCGACCAAUUCCGAGCUCCUCACUGCCUAGGUUAUUUCCGCGAUAUCGAUGUCUCCACAGGCGAAGACCACUGCCGCUUCGGUCUCGUCUUCGAAAAACCACCAUCCGCGCAUCCAUCUACAGAACCGAUUUCCCUGCACUCCCUGCUCACCACUCUCCCCGUCGAAAUCCCCAGCCUGACAGACCGCAUAACCCUCAUGCGGCUCCUCUCCGAAACCAUCGAGCGCCUGCACGCCGUGAACUGGCUGCACAAGGGUCUUCGAUCCUCCAACAUCCUGUUUUUCUCCGACAGCGGACCAUCAGACAUCACAUACGCGUCCCCAUAUAUCUCAGGCUUCGACUACUCGCGUCCCGCCAUGAACGACGACAUGACAGAAAAGCCGCCAGAGAAUGCCGCAUCCGACAUCUACCGCCACCCGCGCGUGCAAGGUGCUGGCAAUCGCGACAGCAGCAACAGCAUCACUGGCUCUAGGGGGUUCAAAAAAUCCUACGAUCUAUACUCACUAGGUGUCAUUUUCAUGGAAAUCGCGUACUGGAAGCCGAUAGAUCAGAUACUGGGGAUCAAAGAUUUGAACAAUGCAAGGCCGAGUGUGACGAUUAAAGUGCGGCGGAAUCUGUUAGAUGAGCAGCAGGGGUUUUUGAAGUAUGUGCGGAGUUAUCUCGGGAAUACGGUGGAGAGGGUUGUGAGGGCUUGUUUGGAGGGACCGAGGGCGUUUGGGAUUGAGGAUGGGAUGGAUGAGAAGAGGGGAGAGGUAGGGGCUGAGUUGCAGAGGAUGUUUUAUGAGAGGGUGGUUAGGGAGUUGGGGGAUAUGAGGGUUUAG